CGCGGAGCGGCGCGCGGCGUGCGGGUCGAGGCUGCAGCUCUGGUUCCGGCGGGGGCUGGCGGGGCUGGCGGGGCUGGCGGGGCUCGCCGUGGACUGCCUCAGGGUCGCCAAGCACGUUGUCCGCCCGGCCCGAGGGCUCGCCUAACCACCCCCUCGCCCGCUCGUCCUCCACCCGCGCCCGGAGCGCGGGGGUCGCCGGCGCUGGGCACUCGGCGGCCACCGGGGAUAGGGGCUGAGCGGCCGGUUCCCGCCCCCGGGCCGCCGCCACCGCCGCCGCCUCCCAGCCGACCGCCCGGCUUGGCCGCCGCCGCCGCAUCUGGCCCCCAGGUCCGCGCCGCGGGGGGCGCGGGCGGGGUCGGGGGUUGCCAGGCGCCGCCGCCCGUGCGCCUGGAGUCCGCGUCCCGGGCCCGGCGGCCGGCGAGCAUGGAGGAGAAGUACCUGCCUGAGCUGAUGGCGGAGAAGGACUCCCUGGACCCCUCCUUCACGCACGCCCUGCGCCUGGUGAACCAAGAAAUAGAAAAGUUUCAAAAAGGAGAAGGCAAGGAUGAAGAAAAGUACAUUGAUGUGGUGAUUAAUAAGAACAUGAAGCUGGGACAAAAAGUGUUAAUUCCUGUAAAACAGUUCCCUAAGUUCAACUUUGUGGGAAAACUUUUGGGUCCACGUGGCAAUUCUCUGAAGCGUUUACAAGAAGAAACUUUGACAAAAAUGUCCAUCCUUGGAAAAGGUUCCAUGAGAGACAAGGCCAAGGAAGAAGAGUUGAGGAAAAGUGGAGAAGCAAAGUACUUCCAUCUCAAUGAUGAUCUCCAUGUUCUCAUUGAAGUGUUUGCCCCACCUGCAGAAGCUUAUGCCAGGAUGGGGCAUGCUUUGGAAGAAAUCAAAAAGUUCCUCAUCCCUGAUUAUAAUGAUGAGAUCAGGCAAGCACAGCUUCAGGAAUUAACAUAUUUGAAUGGUGGUUCAGAAAAUGCAGAUGUUCCAGUGGUUCGAGGGAAACCCACCUUGCGUACAAGAGGUGUACCAGCCCCAGCAAUAACCAGGGGAAGGGGAGGAGUUACAGCCCGGCCAGUUGGAGUUGUAGUACCACGAGGGACGCCAACGCCCAGAGGAGUUCUGUCCACCCGAGGGCCCGUGAGUCGGGGAAGAGGACUUCUCACUCCCAGAGCCAGAGGAGUCCCCCCAACUGGGUACAGACCUCCACCGCCACCCCCAACACAAGAGACUUAUGGAGAAUAUGACUAUGAUGAUGGAUAUGGCACUGCUUAUGAUGAACAGAGUUAUGAUUCCUAUGAUAACAGCUAUAGCACCCCAGCCCAAAGUGGUGCUGAUUACUAUGAUUAUGGACAUGGACUCAGUGAGGAGACUUAUGAUUCCUACGGGCAAGAAGAGUGGACUAACUCAAGACACAAGGCACCUUCAGCGAGGACAGCAAAGGGCGUCUACAGAGACCAGCCAUAUGGCAGAUACUGAUUGUACUGUCUGAUGUUGUGAAAUAGCCAAUCUCCACCAGUCCUGUAUACUGUUCAAAGUAAUUUUUUUCUAUGAACAAUCCCUUUUUAAAUAAAUCAAAAUGUUUAAAAUCUGAAUGGAUGGAACUUAAAACUACUUUGUUGAAACAUCAACUUGGGCAGAAACAAAAAAAAAAGGACAUGUAAAAUUUUGUUAUUUCCAGUCUGUAUAUGAAAAAAUAGGUCAUCAAAAGGGAAAAAAAUAACUUUGAUUAACUAGUGUUAAACAAAAAAUAGGUUUACUAAAUAUGUUAAUCUAUUCUUUAAUAUAAGCCUCACCUUUCAUUUUAAAGGUUUCCAUAGAAUUUAGUUAUUUUAUCUUUCAGCCAUAUGCUAGUUUUUUUUUUUUCUCUUGCCAACAUGCGUAAAAAGGGAAACCAAUUACAAGUGCAAAUAAUGUGGUAUUCUUUUGUAACUCAAGUCUUGAAAUGUUCUGUAGUGUUAAGCAAAGUCUUCUCUUGCUUGAUACUAAAUAAACUUUUGAAAGAAAUUUUGUGUGUGUGAGCUAACAAUUUCAUGUUUUUUUUUUUUUAUUUAAAAAGGCCUUCAUAAAUAGUUGUAAACAGGGAAAGAAUUCAUUUAACAAUGCUUGUCAUAAAAGGGUCACACUAAACAUUGUACAAUUUAUUUUAAAAAUGGUAUAAAAUUAAAUGUACCAUUAUAUACUCACCAUAGAUUUAAAUGCUGUUUAAAGAGUCCAAAUGGUAUUGAGCUGCUUGAGUGGCACGUUAAACUACGCAAAACCAAAUCUUGUUAAAAACUGGUUUUAAAAUAACUACUGGAUUUUCUGAAAAAGAUGUGAUCAGUUUUCAUCUUGUUGAGCGUUUUUUCACUAGUGCAACUUUGGAUUUUUUAUGAGAAUUUUGGUACCUUAAUGAACACCUCGCUCCAUGCUGGAAGCACUAAGCACAAAGCUUUUAAAGACUUUCUGGCUUGACUAAUUGAGGUCGCACUCGCCAAGGCUGAGGAUGUGUAACCCUUAAACGGUCUUCAUUUUCAAAGGAAAUGACAGUCAUCUUGGAAUGUCGAAGGAACUGGUUGCACACCUGAAGGAAACAAAGGAACUUUCCUUCUAUUUAUGGACUGCUUAAGAAUAGUCAACUCACCAACGUGCCUAGUCAGUAAAUGAAUCCACUUGGGAACUUGAAAAUCAUCUCAAUUAAUUUUUUGUUUGCAUAAUUUUGUGUUCUGUGACAUGCUUUUAUUAUAUGAUUAUGCUUUUAAUUUGAAGAACCUACUCUUU